AUGACUGGCAGGGCCGUCCUGAGGGGUGGAGCAGAGGAGCAGUGGCUCCAGGCGGCAGUUUCGAAUGAGAAACUCGACAUCAUUGAGUCCAGAAAAGCUCUAAAAGCUAUCGACGACUAUUUUGUCAAAAUAAGGACUGACGACGACCAUUUUAGAGAAAUAUUAGUGGAUGCUGCAGAGCUGGCAGAAGAGCUGGAAAUUGAAGCAGUAUGGAGACAUCCGUGGCGCCGCUCCUACCACAAGAGGCGGAAAGCUCAAUGGGAGACGGACCCCAACUACUGUCAAAUGGUGCGCGAGAUCCCCCCCUACGACAAGGGUCGGCGGCUGCUCGACCUCAUGGACAUGGCCGUGUUCGAUUUCCUUAUUGGGAACAUGGACCGGCACCACUACGAGACUUUUAGGUUAUUUGGUAACAAUACUUUUACUCUACAUCUGGACCAUGGGCGAGGCUUCGGUAAGCCUUACCACGACGAAGUGUCAAUAUUGGCACCAGUACUUCAAUGCUGUAUGAUAAGACAGUCUACGCUAGAAGUAUUACUUAA